UCCACAAGCGAUCUUUGGACAUAUCAUGAGGGCGUAUAGGAGACCUCUGGGUAUAAAACAGGAUGCUCGCCACGGUUCGUUGCAAGCGCUGGACAAACCAACGCCAUGGAAAGAUACACCUGCUUCGACACAGACUCUUUGCGAUCGUACACCUCUACUGUCGCAUUGGAUGAUUAUCCCCCAUCAAAUCCUCCGGGAGAACUCAUCACGUCCUUUCCACGUCCUCCAAGUGGCACGCGCAAUCUCAAUAGCGUAGCAGCCAAUAGCCCAAGGGCUUCCAUCAAAACUUUUCGCAGAAAUUACAUGGUCCAUGAACUACCACUUUUGCAAGAGCCAAACCCUUGGGAUGGGUCUGACCAAUUCCAUCCUGUCCAAGAGGCUGACUGCUCAUAUGACCUGCUCGUUCCGUUUGACGACAGCUGCGAGGCGCCUUUGCACAGCUUGGAGCGUCUAGCAGAUAUCAUGUUCUCUCCUGAGCACAUGCUAUCCAUCCUGAACAACCCGCGAUAUCUGGCGCGCUUUCGCGAAUUCCUCCUUGAAGAGCGCCCACGGUCGCUUGAGCUGCUGACAUACUACUUGAACACGUGUAAAGCGCUAAAGGCGAUUGAGUACGCCAACGCUCUGGUCCGAUGCGCCGUCGACCUACCUCCACAGGCGAUCACGGUCACGGAACAGGUCGGAGAAACCUGCACUCCCGCCCUGCAGCGUCGUGUCCACGAAGCGCUUCAAGCACUCACGGACGAGGAGCUUCCUGCAUUUAUUACCUCGCGCUGCAUUGGAAUCACGAGUAGGGUGGUUGAGGAGCGUGUCCGAGGAACACUCCCGCGCAAAUUCCAGGGGACGUCCGAUGCACUGGCUGAGGUGUUCUGCUUGACCGAUCCGUCAAGACGGGACAAUCCGAUUGUAUUUGCAUCGGAAGAGUUCCAUCGCACGACGCAGUACGGCAUGGAUUAUGUUCUCGGUCGCAAUUGUCGCUUUCUCCAGGGUCCUAAGACGAACCCGAACAGUGUAAGGAGAAUCAAAGAGGCCAUAGAAGCAGGAAGGCAUCACUCAGAACUCUUUCUCAACUAUCGCCGUGACGGCUCCCCUUUCAUGAAUCUCCUUCAAUGCGCACCCCUCUGUGACAGUCAAGGUACAGUCCGGUACUUUAUUGGCGCCCAGAUCGAUGUGUCUGGCCUAGCCAUGGAAGGUGCGCAGAUGGAUUCGUUGUGCGCUUUGUUGGAUAGGCAGCGAAACAGUGAGGCAGGGGCUGGUGUGGAAGAUGCAGAGAUGAAGGAGGACGUCCGUCCAGACGAGUUUCGUGAACUCAGUGAAUUGUUCAGUCCACGAGAGCUGAAUGUGGUGCACCAGGUAGGAGGGAAUCUUUUCAAACCGAUCCCUGCAGUGUUCGAUCGGAAUUGGAAAGGUCAUAGUCGCACCUGGUCAACGGCGGAUACAGUGGAGAUGGAGGCCAUACGCGAGAGAGACAUUAAAACCGCGUUGUUUCGGGGUUCGUUAACGGGCGUUUACGAAAAUUACCUCCUUGUUCGGCCCUAUCCGUCCCUUCGAAUCUUGUUUACCUCACCAGCUCUCCAGAUCCCUGGCAUUCUCCAAUCCUCCUUCUUGACACGUAUUGGUGGGAACCCGUCGAUACGGGAAGAAUUGCUUGAUGCAUUUAUGGCCGGGCGUAGUGUCACCGCGCGUAUCAAAUGGGUAACGAGGUUCAAUCCCCAGGGAAGAGAUCGAUGGGUUCAUUGUACCCCGUUACUAGCAAGUAAUGGUGAUGUUGGUGUUUGGAUGGUGGUGGUGGUGGAUGAUGACUGACCGAUGUAUAUAUACUAUUCUCAUCAAGUGGUAGGUAUUCCUAAUGAUGUUUCUCAGAAUUCAGUGGAUAUGCAUUUGCUUAAGCUAUGAACAACCACAUGGGGGACUGAAACACAAUAGACUUGCAUCCUUUGCUCCUGCUUUAUGUGUUUUUGGCGUCUGGUCGAACUCAUGGAAGAGAUACGCCUGUCAGGCAGUCCUUUUUCGUUCCUCUCCCUUUCUGUGGGUGCUCUGAGCAAAACUAUGAAGAAAAGAAAAGGUGGAGUAAGGUUAUGUAUGGCUACAACUGACAGUGGCAGUAAAGUGCUGCCAGAUCAAUCAGGCACCAAAUUGCUUUGAACUCCACCCACAGGUACCAAGCAAACAAUCCCCACCCAAGACUAGUAGUUCCCCCAUGUACCGGAGAAACCAGAUUCCCGAGGCUUAUCAGCCAUCCACAUCAAG